GCCUGACAGAGUUAAUUCCUCGUGAUACCAGCAGUAUCGCCGACUCCCGCUGGCGCAGUAGGAUGUGAUAUGCCCACAGUGGAAGGUCUGGAUAGUGGAUGUGGAUAGCUGGAUUGAAAGACUGGAGGACAUCCGUACAGAGAUAACAGCUGACUUAGAUAAUUCCUAUAUCACUGUGUGUAAGAUAUCUGACAAAGGUAAGUGUUGACUUAGAGAAGUCAUAGAUUCAAGUAUCACUAUAUGUUAGUCAUCUGUACAAAGAUAAGACAGUAUGAGGUAAGUCCUAGAGAUUCGAGUGUCACUAUGUCUCAGACGUAUGUAUAAAAAUAAGACAGCAUGAGUUAAGUCCUAGAGAUUCGAGUAUCACUAUGUCUCAGACGUAUGUAUAAAAAUAAGACAGCAUGAGUUAAGUCCUAGAGAUUCGAGUAUCACUAUGUCUCAGACGUAUGUAUAAAAAUAAAACAGCAUGAGUUAAGUCCUAGAGAUUCGAGUAUCACUAUGUCUCAGACCUUUGUACAAAGAAAAGACAGCAUGAGGUAAGUCCUAGAGAUUCGAGUGUCACUAUGUUUUCGACAUCUGUAAAAAGGUUAGUGUUGAGUUAGAGAAGUCCUAGCGAUCCAAAUGUUCUAUGUUUCCUACAGUCUAUGGUUCUUAAUCGGGGAAGAGUACACGUUUUAUUACGUCACCGUAAGGGUUAAGGACACUAUCGCUUCAUUCAAUGAUGACUUCAAAGUUUGGCUCAUGGAACAUUAAUGUCCUAAUUAGGUUUCAUUGAAUGAUCAUGUCAUGGUCAUAAGUUAGUUUACGUUGUCUUUGAUGCACUUACACUCUCACCAAAUCUACAGAUUCAUAAAAUGUGAGCUCAAUGUUUAUGAUUUAGAGUCCAUUGAAAAAAAAAAGGGGGGGGGGUAGGGGGAUUACGAGAUGGUAAAUUUAACCAGGAGUCAAGGUUCUCCUGAGAGAAGUGCUGUCCAGUCCAGACUGCCAUUCCAGGAUCGGCGCAUUGUACUACUGCCAUCCGUGUAAUGAAGUAUCAAUGGCGCCGCCAACAUCUCACAAAGACUGAAAGAUGCCAUGUGUGGAACUAAAGAUCAAAACGUACACAGAGAACUUUUCAGAACGAACAUUUGAAUUUUCACUGAAGUAAUUCUUUCUCAAUGCUACUAUUUUAUAUAGAAUUCGGGUAGACUAGAAACAGAGGGUAGACUAGAAACAGAGGGUAGACUAGAAACAGAGGGUAGACUAGAAACAGAGGGUAGACUAGAAACAGAGGGUGCUGUAAGACAGUGUGUAGUUCCAUAGGCUCAGACAUCCACUUCAAUAUCAGCUACAAUUUGUGCCCAAAUAUAUAUAUGUAUUGGUGGAUGUGGUCCAUCAUCGUGGCGAUACGAGGUACUUGGGGAAAAACAAAGGGCAAUAAUAUGGACAUCGAAGGGCAAUAAUAGGCACAAUUAAGGGCAAUAAUAGGCACAAUUAAGGGCAAUAAUAUGCACAAUUUAGGGCAAUAAUAUGCACAAUUUAGGGCAAUAAUAGGCACAAUUUAGGGCAAUAAUAUGCACAUUUUAGGGCAAUAAUAUGCACAAUUUAGGGCAAUAAUAUGCACAAUUUAGGGCAAUAAUAUGCACAAUUUAGGGCAAUAAUAUGCACAAUUUAGGGCAAUAAUAUGCACAAUUUAGGGCAAUAAUAUGCACAAUUUAGGGCAAUAAUAAGCACAAUUUAGGGCAAUAAUAUGCCCAAUUUAGGGCAAUAAUAGGCACAAUUUAGGGCAAUAAUAUGCACAAUUAAGGGAAAUAAAAGGGACAAUAAGGGACAAUAAAGCAUUUAAUGAAGGGAAAAGAGGGGGACAAUGAAGGACAAUAAUUUGAAAAACGGAGGGGUAUGAGUGAGUCAGUAAAGUACACAAUUUAGUAUGGUUUUUAAAGGAUUUAGAUUCUUUUUAUAUCCAGUAUUUUGUGCACAUGGCACGGAAUCAUAUGUUGCCAUGCAAUCCAUUCAAGUAUUUGUCAAGGGGUAAUCCUAAUGGUCCGCGUUCAAAUUGACAUUUCGCCCAAUAUCUGUUAUUGGUAGGCUUUCUAAGUUUUUAAACUGAGCAAAGUUUCAUUGACACCACUCGUUCCUUGAGUAGUGAUCCAUGAUUACUAAUCAUUUUGUGUCCUUCUGAUUAUAACUUCCAAUCGACGCCUUAUACCCACAUAGCGCCUGUGGUACGAGAAAACUAUCCACGUGACUUUGACCCCCAACUUAGGUGAAAAAUAAGAUAAAUUUAAUAACUUUGUGUUGUGAAGACGGAAGAAAUGUAUCUCCUGUCGUUAAUUUAAAUACAAAACAAUUUCACAUUUCAAUGGUGUGGUCAACUUAAAUUGCUAAUUCUGUGUUUAGUUUUAUUUGAAUGUUUUCUAUGGCGUAGGCGUUAAUUCAAGAAUAGGGUGCUUGUAAACAGACACUAGAGAGUAGUAUAUUUAAGCUUACCCCAUCAUAAUGGGGGGGGGGGUGGGGGCGCCUCCUUAACAAUGGUGAACUAUUUCCCACCGUGCUCUUCCUACAACCUUGACCUCCAUGGCGUCAAUCAGUAUUCAUUUCAAUCCUGCCGAUAAAUCUUCAUACUUUGACGAGACUUUUUCUUUACAUUUCCAUCAUCCAUUCAAGUACAGACGCAUAUACUUGAUCACGUUGCAUUGAGCAUUACUCCAAGGAUGCAGAGCUUUCAAAAGUGUAACUCGAAUGUAAACAAACACAGCGAUCAUUUCCCCAUUGCUGGCAACUGAAGGAAAACAAACGUCUCCAUGACACCAGUGCGAUAGAGCGGAACAUCUGUUUAUAUUGCAAAUUGCUGUUUGGUUGUUGCUGUUUUUUUGUUUUUUUUUUAACUUCGCUUGAGUGGAGAACGUGAUCGUAUGCAACGUUCCUAGAUUCAUUGUUGUGUUUAUGGUGUAGAAAUUGAAGAAGUUGUUUGGAAACAUGAGCCGUUGUAUGAUUGCAACAAAUCAAAGGUGUGGAAACAAGAAAUGUGUGCAAAACUUACGCACUAGAAGACAGAUGUUUUGGCUCUAUUGUCUAUUGACUAUCUGAGAACGUACGGCUUUAGUGGUGCAACUUAAACGGCUUUUAAAUAUAUCCUAAAUCUACAACCUAGUAAAUUUGUCUUGACUAAACUAAAGUUCAAAGGUGCCCCUUAGAGCGAAAAAUAAAAUUUAAAAAUAUAAUCUUCGUUAAAGGAACUUGUAUAUGUUUGCAUUAUUCAAAAGUAUAUAAUAAAUACUCUCUAACGUGUAUUUCAUAAGCUGUAUGAAGCACCAGGUCCUUAAAAUGACUAUAAAAUCGAUUUUACUCUGAUGUUGUCCAACUUAUCGAAUAUUUACGAUUUUUUCUCUUCACAGCUAAAUUCUAUUUAUUUUGAUCCCCAGACAUUAAAAUGUUUACCAUCAAGUGGUCAUCUAAAUAACGGAAUUAAAAUGUACGAACAACAACCAAGUGGACAUUGUGUUACAUCAGGGUGAGGAUGUUGACUGGCGGUGAUUUGCUGAUAAAGUGUGUCAUGGACAUGGUGCAAAUGAUUUAGCAGUCAUUAACAGACCCUGACUCUGAGAUCGUUAGUCACUAACAGACCUGGUCAAGACAAAUCUGUGACGGUACAAUAAACGCCAUCCUUCUCUGCAACUCUUGGAAGUGAGCCAAGGUUUCGUUGAAUGUGAAUCAAGUUGAAUCAAAUUGAUCACUUAUUUUACUGUGAGCCAAAGAAAGGAUGCCAAGGAAGAGAAAAGAGGAGAUGGAGAGAGAUUUGGCUGAGGGGAAAAUUCACAAACCUCAACAGAGGAAUGCAGCAAAUGCUAGAGAGAGAUCCAGGAUGAGAGUUCUCAGCAAAGCUUUCUCCAGGUUAAAGGUAGGUUGGUAGGUUGUAAUAUAUGAGAGCUCUUAGCAAAGCUUUCUCUAUAAUUAAAGGUAGGUUGGUAGGUUGUAAUAUAUCAGAGUUCUCAACAAAGUUUUCUCCAGGUAAAUGGUCAGGUUGAUAGAUUGCAACAUAUGAGAGGUGCGAGAAAAGCUUCCUCCAUAUUAAAGUAGGUUGUAAAAUAAAGUGUAAGAUUACUGUUAGGUUUUAAAAUAAAGUGUAAGAUUACUGGUAGGUUGUAAAAUAAAGUGUAAGAUUAAUGGUAGGUUUUUAAAUAAAUUGUAAUAUUACCGGAAGGUUGUAAAAUAAAGUGUAAGAUUAAUGGUAGGUUUUUAAAUAAAUUGUAAUAUUACCGGAAGGUUGUAAAAUAAAGUGUAAGAUUAAUGGUAGGUUUUUAAAUAAAUUGUAAUAUUACCGGAAGGUUGUAAAAUAAAGUGUAAGAUUAAUGGUAGGUUUUUAAAUAAAUUGUAAUAUUACCGGAAGGUUGUAAAAUAAAGUGUAAGAUUACUGUUAGGUUUUAAAAUAAAGUGUAAGAUUACUGGUAGGUUGUAAAAUAAAGUGUAAGAUUACUGGUAGGUUGUAAAAUAAAGUGUAAGAUUACUGGUAGGCUGUAAAAUAAAGUGUAAGAUUAAUGGUAGGUUGUAAAAUAACGUUUAAGAUUACUGGUAGGUUGUAAAAUGACGUUUAAAAUUACUGGUAGGUUGUAAAACAACGUGUAAGAUUACUGGUAGGUUGUAAACAGAGUGGAACAGAAGCAAGGACCUAAAAAAUGUUUAAAAAGCUUUGAUAAACUAAAUAUAUCGAUAAUGAAGUUACUGAAAAAGAUAUUUAAAUACAUUAUGUGAUGAAAGUACUACAUUGAUAUUAAAAUGAUAUCAUGUAAUUAAAAAAGUAAACCUAAAGUCCAAUAUAAUAAACUGUAAGUAUUACCCUUUAAACUAAUGUUUCUCAAGAAUAUUUCAUAAAAAAUUUUCACGGAAAUCUUCCCUUCCGGGAAAUCCCGGGUACACCAUUAAGAAUACGAUUUUAAAAAAAAAAAUGUAUAGCAAGCCACAGAUAAUCACAGAUGGUCCCAGAUGGUCACAAAUUGUGACAAAUGGCCUCUAUACCCCAAGACAAGAAAAAUAUUCUAAUCCCGCUAAUAGGCCUUUCAAUUGAGUUAAUGUCUGCAGGGCCUACAGGAAAAAUAAAUUAAAUUAAACUCUCGGCAUCACGUAGUUUUAAUGAAUGACGUAAUAUGUUAUGCCAGGAAUGAAAUUGUACUACACAAACUUUACGAUUGUUUACAAAACAAUUUUACUCUCAGUUUACUGUUUCUGUCGGAGAAUGGACAGAAUUCCCUCCACAGCCUAAGUUGAGGUCACGUUAAUAGGUUGGGAACCUUUGCUCUAUUUACUUGAUUCUAACAGACAGUUUAUGUGGCCAACUACCUUUAGAAUAUGUAUAAUUUUUAAGUUCACAAAUCAGCAUGGAUAUAUUAGAAUAUAUUAUUAUGCAUAUAGUUAUUUCAAUUUUUUUUUACUAAUUUUUAAUUCGGAACGAACCCGCCCUUGAGAUAUAGCAAAACAAUAAAUGUCUUGUAACUAAUUCGAAUGUCAAGAAUACAAUACUUAAAUAAAUUGUAAAGUUGUGAGUGGGUGGAGUGGGGGGUAUAAACGCCGACAUAUUCGAAUUUAGCUUAACAAAUAUAUCAUUAGCCAAGUAUCUAUUGCUAGGACUACGCUGGGAGAAAUGAAGAAACAAUAUAGUAGCAAGUGACCAAGCUCUCGCCUGGCCUGAACAGCGUUAUUCAUUCAAUAAUAGACAACAAAGAUAUUAAGCAAUUAUAAGAAAAACAAUUUUUUUUAAUAGUUAAUUUCAGUUGUUGGUCAAUGUUUAAUUUAUUUGAUUCCGGGAUUUUUACCGGAAACCCGGGAUAACCGUAAAUCUUAUCCCGUUUCCCAUAAUUGUUACCAGAGAUUUAUUCCGUUGUCCACAGACAACCCUUCCAUGGGUCCCUCCAGACACCAAACUGUCCAAGCUGGACACGUUACGGCUAGCCUCUAGCUACAUCGCACACUUGAAACAGAUCCUUGACCACGAAGAAAGUAUGACGUCAGCUGGAUUUAUUCACCCUCUUAACCUGGUCAGUUUCAUUCUUACUAUUCGAUGGUCAGUUUAAGUGUACCAUUUUGAUGGUCAGUUUAAGUGUAGCAUUUUGAUGGUCAGUUUAAGUGUAUAGCCUUUUGAUGGUCAGUUUAAGUGUACCAUUUUGAUGGUCAGUUUUAGUGUUACAUGUUGCUGGUUCAUAUAUAAAAAUAGGACUUGAUAAAGGUAUGACCAAAAUAAGUAGCACUUGAUAACAGAAGUUCUUAAUUAAAAUAGGACUUGAUAAACGAAGGACUGGAAAAAAAGUAGGACUUAAUAAAAAGGGGACUUGGUGAAAGUAGGACUUGAUGAAAGUAGGACUUGAUGAAAUCUCGAACUCUGCAUCGUUCACAUUAUGAUUGAUACGACAUGUAAGAGUAAAAUUUAACAAUAGUAUAGAUAGCCUAGUAAUGUUAACAUAUAUGAAAAUAGUAAUAUUACAUUUAUGCUGUAAUCGGCCCCUUGAAAAUACAACAUAACGGAAAUAAAACAAAUAAAUCUUACAAUACAAUCUUUAACAAACAAACAUUUAAUUUGUGAAAGAAUGUUUGACAUGGUCUUGUACUAGAAAGUGAAAAAUGCAAACUAUUGAAAUUUUAUUACAGCCAAGUCAAAUAUGGCCUAGGAGUGAAACUAAGAAAAAACGUCACUAGGACAUAGUAGGACUAUGAUGUUUCACUAAGGCGUAGUAGGACUUCGAUUCUUCCCUAGGACGUAGUUUAGUCUCUAGACUCUAAAAAUGUGUAACGUCAAGUUUCAAUAUUAUUUUCUGUGUCGGUCUCUAAACUCUGAUAAUGUGUACAGUUUUCUUUAUCAGUAAUAUCAUUUAAAGGAGAAGUACUGUCAAUUUCGAGAGGGAAACAAACAAAUUAAUUUUCUUCCCUGCCAAAUAGUAUUCAACUUUCAAUGAAAUGAGUUCAACUCUGUAGGACAUCAGAUGAUCCGCUUUUUAACAAAUUACUUCGCCUUUAAAAUUUUUAGUUAUUGCCUUUCAUAGUGGACAUACUGUCCUGUUUGCUGAUAACACACUGAAACUUUUCCUCUCUUUACAUUUGCGCUGUAAAAAUCAUUGUGCUGAAUUGUCUGUGUGCGCAAAUGUCAAUGUUCACAAUUGUCUCUGUGCGCGUUUUCUUUGGUGUAGGCUGCGCAUUUGGCGGUGUGCGUGGUUUCCUAAGUGCGCACCAGUCGGUGUGCGCAGUAAUUUCUAUGCUCAGUAAUUUAUGUGCGCAGUUUUCUGAGCGCGUUUAUCGAGUGCGCGUUUGACAUGUGCGCGUUUGACAUGUGCGCGUUUGACAUGUGCGCGUUUAUCGUGUGCGCGUUUGACAUAUGCGCGUUUAUCGUGUGCGCGUUUGACAUGUGCGCGUUUGACAUGUGCGCGUUUAUCGUGUGCGCGUUUGACAUGUGCGCGUUUGACAUGUGCGCGUUUAUCGUGUGCGCAUUUGACAUGCCCGCGUUUAUCACAGAACAAUAAUUUCGAUCCACUUCAUAUGGUUUAUAGAGUAUAUGUUAUGUGUGUGUUCUAUAAGCAGCGGGGUUUUUCGUUAGCUAGGGGUGAAAAAAUUAAGGACCACCCUUGGGGUCAUAAAAAAUUAAGGACCACCCUUGGGGUCAUAAACUCUAGCCAUUCCACUCAAUCGGGAGUUAAACAUUUGAAGUGUAUUGUAGAAUAGUUUUAAAAAUAUUCUUUUGUUUUGUUUCUGCGCACUGGUGUAAUAUAUGCAUUGCUGUUGAGUUUUAUAUUGCAUUUGAUAUUAAUUGACUCUGAUUUGUUUUUUUCAAAUUUCAACAUUAGGAAAGCAAGAGUGGGAAAUGAUUAAUAAUUAGGAUUAAACAGAAAAAUUGAGGGGAAAAUCCAUUAUUCUAAAAGUAAAUUGAGCUCAACUUUAUUCUAAGUUUUUAAACCCUCCCCCACCCUUUUUCCCCAAAGCUCUGUAUUUCCAUUUCAAACUUUGUUUUUGCUUUGAGUCUUGCUGCACCAGUGGAUGGAUGUCUGAGUAAGAAGACAUUAACAAUUGUGGUCAGCGUUGAUUGAUUCGGUGCUUAUUUUCUUGAUAACUGUAAUCCUCAUUUUUAGGUUUAAGCCGAAUUUCCCUUUAGGCUAAGUAGGCUUAGGCUAGAGUCUCCUACACAUAAGGGGCCUCUACCAAGUGUUUUUUUUGGGAAAUGAACUCCGUUUCUCCCCUCCUUCCCCCACUCCCCUCCUUCCCCCACUCCCCUCCUUCCCCCACUCCCCUCCUUCCCCCACUCCCCUCCUUCCCCCCCUCCCCUCCUUCCCCCACUCCCCUCCUUCCCCCCCUCCCCUCCCUCCCCCCACUCCCCUCCUUCCCCCACUCCCCUCCUUCCCCCACUCCCCUCCUUCCCCCACUCCCCUCCCCCAACCUCCAUUUUUUUACCCCCGGAGAAAAAUCUGUACAACAAAAAAGGAAAAUAUAUUUUAUUUUUAAAAAUGUAUUAUAAUAACAUUUUUACAAGGAUAGUUACAAGCGCCUUUCACCGAUUACAAUUUGUGCAACCAAUGAAAUAUUGAUACGAUCGAUAUAUUUGAUUAUCCGCAUAUUUAAGGCUAAUUUUAUUACAGGCUUACAAUAUUCCUAUAUAAAUAUCGUAUUGUUUCGCAAAUUGGCCGCUCCUAAUUAUAAACCGAAUCUUCUUUUUACUAUUGUUCGCAUAUUUUGAUACUUCAAUAAAUUAAUAUUUUUGUUGCAAAGUCACAAAUUGAAAGACUUAAUAACAUGGUAAUUAACUAUAAUACCUGUAAAUCAAUAUGAAGGUCUAUAAUUUAGAUAUAGUUCUUUUUAAGUAUGAAACAUUUACACGUUGUUAUCAAAUAUAAAAACAUAUCAGAUUCUUUUUUGAUUGAUUGAUUGAUUUGAUAUUUAUAUCGCGCCGGUAUCCAUGCCAUUUUAGCAUGCUCCCUGCGCUCUGGUCCUCGGAAAUCUAUUUAAACAAAAAAGUUUUUUGUCCGUUACAUGUUUCUUAAAUAAUUUUUUUUAUCAUUUACAAUUCCCCUCAAAGAUUGAGGCUUUAAAGUAGGGUCGCGUGUUAAUUAUAAAUUGUAUGGUGGUAUCAUGUUUAGAUAUAUUGUUGAUAUCAUAAUUUUAAAUGUAUUUCAUUCAAGGUGUAUCGAGUUAAAUAAAAUGACAACUUUAAGAAAUGGAUACUUUUAAAACAUAAAUUCAGAAUUUAACCGGCGCACACAAAGAGUGCAAGUUCCAACAAAUGUUGCUAAGAAAAAUACAAACGCUUCCGAUUUCAAUGACCUACUUUUGUGGCAAGGUUUCCUGGAGAACUGAUGUCUUUUUUUUUUAAAUAGUCUAUAUCUAUAUAUAGGCCUCUCUCUCUCUCUCUCUCUCUCUCUUUCUCUCUCUCUCUCUCUCUCUCUCUUUCUCUCUCUCUCUCUCUCUCUCUCUCUCUCUCUCUCUCUCUCUCUCUCUCUCUCUCUCUCUCUCUCUCUCUCUCUCUCUCUCUCUCUCUCUCUCUCUCUCUCUCUCUAUAUAUAUAUAUAUAUAUAUAUAUCUAUAUCUAUAUAUAUAUAUAUAUAAAGUUCCCAACUCCUUUUCCCUUUUUAAAAGUAGAAUAAUAAACAAUAGGCCUCACCUAUUUAUUUGCAUGUUUCUUUUUUUUAAAUUAUGUUUUAAAUUAUGUUUUACUUUAUAAGAAUCCAGUAUAACACUAAAAACAAUGCUUUUGUCAACUAGCAUUUCGUUUUAGAAGAAUUAUUUUUUUCAAAUUUUCAAUUUUAUAAUAAAUUCGUUGGAUUCGGUUAAAAAAAUGUGAUAAAAGUACACCAAAGAGUUCAUUUGUAAUUGAUCGGAAGAAAGUUAUAACAGUUUAAUAUUCCAAAUAAAUAUUUCAAUCAAUUAAAUAUUGAGACAUGUAAACUCUAUUUUUAUACGAUUUCCCGCGUAUCAAAUCACACUUUAAAUAUUAGUUGCCUGUUGUUUUACCUUUUCUUAACAUAAUUUUGACAUUCUUAUCCGAAUUAUUAAAAAUUACUUUUAUUUUUUUAAAAAUUGAAAUGUGUAAACCUUUCUAAAAUUAACGUUGUUUUUUUUUUUCGUUGUGACUCUGGCAAAAUUUGGAAAUAUUAAGAAAAGGCCAUUAUCAUAAGUAAGUUGAAUUUUUUUUUUCCAUAUGCGUUCAAGCUGUGAAAUGAUGUUAGCAUCAACCGGAGUAAAGCUUGUGUGUGGCACUGGACGUCAUGGUGCCUAAUUUCCAUGCUGAUAAAUGCCCUUCCCGCCCCCAUGCCGGAAGCUUGAAUAACCCUUUCCCCCCGGUCACGUUGUCUAACAGAGACAUUGCAUUCAGAUAUUUGCCAAAAUGCACCUCUGGGUUUUGAAAUAAUUUUAAAAAUUAUCUGAGGAGGGGCUUAGACCCCUACCCCGUUUCACUCAGGGGCCAUCGGCGCCCUACAUUUCUGCCCUACUUCCCAUUACAGAUAGGUGGCCCUGGUCCCCAAUUUUGGCGCCUAGUGGCGUAGCUAGUGCUGUGCCAUUCUGGGUGAUCGAAGAUUUUUUUUUCUUUCUCCUUGACAAUACAAACUCUGGCGUUGUCUGAAAAUGUCCCCCUCCGGCCCGCCUUGCUACCCCACUGGCACAACCCAACCUAGCAUCUUAAAUGCCCCCCCCCACGGAGGAAAUUGUUUGAACGAAAAACAUUUCCUCCAACAUCUAGGGCCUCCAACAUCUAGGGCCUCCAACAUCUAGGGCCUCCAACAUCUAGGGCCUCCAACAUCUAGGGCCUCCAACUUCUAACGUGCCUCAAAAUGAGGAGCCACAUUUUAAAGAUGACCACGUUUGAAAACAAUAAAGAACCUCCCAAUGUAUACAUUGAAAUCAUGUACAAGGUGUUUCACAAAUGAUUAACGUUUAACAAAAUAGGGCUCACAGCGCUGAUACUAACAGAACCGUCGAGAGGCUCCUAUAACCCCUGAAGCUGCAAGGGCCUCGGAUAUUUAAGGGAACCCCCGUGUGUGAUGUGGGCACAAAUUGAUAGAAAAUACUUGAAAGUAUUGAUUCGCUCAAUAACAAAAAUCGAAUAGUCACAUGGGUCUCAAAGGUCACGAGACGGCUCUGCAUAAUUAUGGAAUUAAAGACCUGGAGAAAACAUGACUGAUUUUGGUGUUAAACUCUUUCACUGCCGACACAGAGCUUAAAAGAUUGCCGAGUGCAGUCAUACGACGAUUCUGCCAACAUCUCUCAUCAGUAAGAUGUUAUGAGGAAAUACGUUCAAGGGAAACAACAGACAAAAUAUAUCUUAUGGGCUGAUCACUCGUACAAUGUAGUCAGCCGUUGCCCUGCUGACUGAUGUCUGGAUGACGUCAUGAACUGUGUUGACAUUAACAAUGGCACUUAUCAUUUCUUAUCGUCCUUCGCAAGGUGAUGAGCAGUUUUUUUUAAAAUCAUGUUUGCACUCGCAUUCACGAUGGCCUAAGUACUUGUCACACACUAUUUGGAAUGCUGAUUGCUCAUACGAAAACAUGAUAUCUUAUUAUUAUUUUAAAGCCACAUAAACUAUUUUUAAUGCUACGUUUGCUAUAUUUUAAAGGCUGGUGCCUUUUAUUCAUUUAUACUGUAAUGUUAACUGGAAAAAAACAAUUAUCCCAGACAUCAAGCCAAUGAUCUUUUGCCCCAUGCAUUAAACCAGUGGUUCUCAACCUUCCUAAUGCCUCGACCCUUUCAAACAGUUCCUCAUGUUGUGGUUACCCCCAAACAUACAAAUAUUUUCCAUGCUACUUCAUAAAUAUUUGUUUUCCGAUGGUCUUAGGCGACCCCUGUGUAAUUAUUUCAUUGAAGCUUUAAUUGCAUGUACUCUCAUUUGAAUACUGCUACAUAGGUACGUGCUGUUAGUCUUUCAAUUUCCCAAGCUAUCUGCCAGGUCUCGCUAGAGCAGUGGUUCUCAACCUUCCUAAUGCCGCGACCAAUUUAAACAGUUCCUUCAUGUUGUGGUUACCACCAACCAUAAAAUUAUUUUCAUUUAUUCUUCAUAAUAAUGUGUUUUCCUAUUGUUUUAGGCGACCCUUAUGGAAGGGUCGUUCGCCCCCCCCCCCCAAAUGGGUCGCGACCCACAGGUUGAGAACCGCUGCGCUAGAGUCAUUUAGCCUUAGAUCAAUACGUGCCAUACAGUGUGCCAGACAAUGAGGAGCGAAAGUGAGUGGAGAUUACAUUGACUGUUAAAGCAACAGACGCUGAUGGCAGACGUAGGACAUAGAUAAACCACGUGGUCAUUUUUUGAAACAGAGAAACAGGCAGCCGAGUCUAAGAUCUCCCAAUGAUGGUCGCUCAACACUCAACAGAAAGCCGAGUCUAAGAUCUCCCAAUGAUGGUCGGUCAACUGGGUUCAACGCGCCGAGUCGAUGGUCAAACAGCAAAUUUCACACAAAAACUUUACUCCUAGCCUGUGGUAGCAUGUCAUUGUAUCCUACUCUGCUCUACCUCCAAUAGGCCAUUCUAUCCUUUGCCUCCAAUAUGUCAUUGUAUCCUACUCUGCUCUACCUCAAAUAUGUCAUUUAUCUUAUGCCUCCAAUAUGUCAUUGUAUCCUACUCUGCUCUACCUCCAAUAUGUCAUUCUAUCCUAUGCCUCCAAUAUGUCAUUCUAUCCUGCUCUAUCACCAAUGUGUCAUUCUAUCCUAACAUACCUCCAAUAUGGUUUUGUAUCCUACUCUACUCUACCAUCAAUAGGUCAUUCUAUCCUACUCUACCUCCAUUAUGUCAAAAAAUGUGCACUUCACUGUCCGCAAUCUUGUCCACUUUAAAAUUGAUAGUACUGCGACCACUGACUAAUUUUAUGCACGUUAUCUGCUAAAUGUCAGAAUAGUUAUCCUCUAAUUACAUUAUUACUAUCAACUACAUCUCAAUAUAUUUACCAUUCUAAUUUUUAGUGUGUCGACCAUGUUUUGUUCCAUUGACUUUUCUACUCCACUAUUUGCUUUGCCGUAGGUUCGCCAGCCCUCCAGUUCAUUUUUACCUCCCCGGAGAGAAGAGUGCAGUUUUGUCCCCGAACCGUAUCAUAUGUAUACAAACACAUGCACGUGCAGAGCUCGGGAUUUGCUCACUGGCUAUCUCUCGUGCCUCACAUUAGAAAUGCAUGGCUUUCCUCUCUCGUGAACAUUUUCUAAACAAAUGAUUUCACGCCUGGUGUUCUCCCUUAUGGAUCGGCGAUUCUCAACCUGUCACUUAGGGGGUGCUAUCCUACUAGUUCAGUGAUUCCCAACCUGUAACUGUAACUCGGGGUGUUUCUCCUUACAGAUCAGGGACUCUUAAGCUUUCAUUACAGCUGUUCUUCCUUUUAGAUAAGUGAUUCCUAAUCUGUCAAGAAUGUUGAUUUUUUAAUAGGUAAAAAUCUAUCAUUUUCAAUAUAACAUUAUUUGUCACAGAUAGUUCAAAUAGCAGAAUUAAUCAACAUAAUAUGUAAUAAUCAAGCCAAAAUAUAAUAGUUAAUAAUAAGAUUAUUACUUUCACAAAUCUUUAAAUAUUUAUUUAAUAUAACAUUGAACGAUUUUGAAUGUGUGGGCAAAAUUCACGAGAAUGCACACUUAGUGGGGUAACAUUGACGAGAAGGGCACAUUAAGUGGGGCAACAUUGACGAAAAGGGCACAUUUAGUGGGGCAACAUUGACGAGAAGGGCACACUUAGUGGGGCAACAUUGAAGAGAAGGGAACACUUAGUGGGGCAACAUUUACGAGAAGGGCACAUUUAGUGGGGCAACAUUGACGAGAAGGGCACACUUAGUGGGGCAAAAUUAACGAGAAGGGCACAUUUAGUGGGGCAACAUUGACGAGAAGGGCACACUUAGUGGGGCAACAUUGACGAGAAGGGCACACUUAGUGGGGCAACAUUGACGAGAAGGGCACACUUAGUGGGGCAGCAUUGACGAGAAGGGCACAUUUAGUGGGGCAACAUUGACGAGAAGGGCACAUUUAGUGGGGCAACAUUGACGAGAAGGGCACAUUAAGUGGGACAACAUUGACGAACAGGGCACAUUUAGUGGGGCAACAUUGACGAGAAGGGCACACUUAGUGGGGCAACAUUAACGAGAAGAGCACAUUUAGUGGGGCAACAUUGACAAGAAGGGCACACUUAGUGGGGCAACAUUGACGAUAAGGGCGCACUUAGUCGGGCAACAUUGACGAGAAGGGCACACUUAGUGGGGCAGCAUUGACGAGAAGGGCACACUUAGUGGGGCAGCAUUGACGUGAAGGGCACACUUAGUGGGGCAACAUUGACGAGAAGGGCACACUUAGUGGGGCAGCAUUGACGAGAAGGGCACACUUAGUGGGGCAACAUUGACGAGAAGGGCACACUUAGUGGGGCAACAUUGACGAGAAGGGCACACUUAGUGGGGCAACAUUGACGAGAAGGGCACACUUAGUGGGGCAGCAUUGACCAAAAGGGCACACUUAGUGGGGCAGCAUUGACGUGAAGGGCACAUUUAGUGGGGCAACAUUGACGAGAAGGACACACUUAGUGGGGCAGCAUUGACGAGAAGGGCACAUUUAAUGGGGCAACAUUGACGAGAAGGGCACACUUAGUGGGGCAACAUUGACGAGAAGGGCACACUUAGUGAGGCAGCAUUGACGAGAAGGGCACAUUUAGUGGGGCAACAUUGACGAGAAGGGCACAUUUAGUGGGGCAACAUUGACGAGAAGGGCACAUUAAGUGGGAUAACAUUGACGAACAGGGCACAUUUAGUGGGGCAACAUUGACGAGAAGGGUGCACUUAGUGGGGAAACAUUGACGAGAAGGGCACACUUAUUGGGGCAACAUUGACGAGAAGGGCACACUUAGUGGGGCAACAUUGACGAGAAGGGCACACUUAGUGGGGCAACAUUGACGAGAAGGGCACACUUAGUGGGGCAACAUUAACGAGAAGAGCACAUUUAGUGGGGCAACAUUGACAAGAAGGGCACACUUAGUGGGGCAACAUUGACGAUAAGGGCGCACUUAGUCGGGCAACAUUGACGAGAAGGGCACACUUAGUGGGGCAGCAUUGACGAGAAGGGCACACUUAGUGGGGCAGCAUUGACGUGAAGGGCACAUUUAGUGGGGCAACAUUGACGAGAAGGGCACAUUUAGUGGGGCAACAUUGACGAGAAGGGCACAUUAAGUGGGACAACAUUGACGAACAGGGCACAUUUAGUGGGGCAACAUUGACGAGAAGGGUGCACUUAGUGGGGAAACAUUGACGAGAAGGGCACAUUUAGUGGGGCAACAUUGACGAGAAGGGCACAUUUAGUGGGGCAACAUUGACGAGAAGGGCACAUUUAGUGGGGCAUCAUUGACGAGAAGGGCACACUUAGUGGGGCAACAUUGACGAGAAGGGCACACUUAGUGGGGCAACAUUGACGAGAAGGACACACUUAGUGGGACAACAUUGACGAGAAGGGCACACUUAGUGGGGCAACAUUGACGAGAAGGCACAUUAAGUGCGGAGUGCGGCAACAUCCUUUAUAAGUGGGGGGGGGCAAGAGAUUUAAAGUUAGAUUGAUUGAAGUUUGAAAUACUUUCAAGUUGAGAUCAAUUUUUUUUAAAUCGCACGUAAAAAAUACCCAUUUUUAGAGAUCAAAUAUUUGAAGGCAGAAAACAAAUAUCUCUUUAUUAAUAUCAAAUAUUUGACGACAAUGAGAAGCCAGUCUUAGAAUUACCCAGAACUGAAAAAUCACAACAUGGAAUAAGUCAAGAAAUAUAUUCAGAAGAGUAGCGUGAUACAUUAUGGAAAUGCUAAGACAAGUAAAAGAUUUUUUUAAUAAUAUAAUGCUAGUAGCCAUGCUAUUUAUUGAUAAAAUUUAAGAAGAUUUGUAUUGCAAUACAGUUUAUGAUCACGUCCAUCUAGCUCUAAAAAUCUUGUCACGUUAGAUAUUUUGUACUUUGCCAAUAUUUAAUGUCCCUCGUCUGUUGCGGAGAUUAGGCUCCAGAACCACCCCCCCCCCCCCCCCCCCCCGCCGCCCCACAACCCCCCCCCCCCCCCCCCGCCCGUCGAAAGGCAAAAAUACGUUACAUAGUGACCUUAUAUAUAAUUUAUUAAUUAUAACUCUUUUAAGGCUUUAGAAACCCUUCUUACACCCUUAUAAAUCUUUCCCACACUGAUAUUAACUUUUCCCACACUAGUUUAAACCUUCCCCACACUUUUUUUUUCUAUGCUCUUAAUGACUUUCUACACUUCAUAAUUUUAACAAUUUAUAAAAUUGUAUAUCAAUCUGCGAUACAAAAUUUGAUAUACCCUGUACAUACCCUGUACAUACCCUGUACAUACCCUGUACAUACCCUGUAUAUACCCUGUACAUACCCUGUAUGGUUGUAGUAAAGUCCGCGGUACAGUGAGAUCGUGAGAAGGGAGCUACCUUUGGUAUGGCCAGGGACGACUAGACCAGGGGCCGUCUUAACACUAUAGGAGGCCCUGGGCACAGCAAUGCACUGGGGCCCCCUAGAAACACAACAUACCUCAAACAUUGGGGGGGGGGGGGGGGGGAGCAAACAGUUCCUGCUCCCAACCAACUCACCAAGAGGCAUAAAAAUGUAAAAUAGAAAUAAACAUUCAAUCAAUGUAAACUUCGAUGAAUGCAAUUUAUUGACGCUAAUAACAAAAUCAUUCAAAAUCAAUAAUAGUUUUAAAAUAUAUCAGAAAUCAAGUAUAAAUAAUUCCAGAGGAUGAUAAAUUAUCAUUUUUGGCGGAUAGAUAGAAUAAAUUAUUUAAUAUAGAAUAUUCCCCUUUAAAAGUUUUAAAAUUGUCCAACUUUGAUUCGCAUUUAAAAUAUUAAUUUUGGAAGGUGCUGAUAUAAUAAUAUAUCUAUUACAUAUCGUGGGUUAACAUGGGGAAAUUCGAUAUUUUAUAUCCAAUGGUCAAAAUGUUUCAAUAAUCAUUAACAACAUGUAAAGCAUGAUGGCCAUAUACGAGUGAGUCUCCUAAAAACGUGGGAACCUUUACAAGCUCAGGGCCCUGGGCCAGUGCCCACUAGGCCUAGGCCUUAAGACGGCAAUGGACUAGACUGCAUGCAUUUUCUGAUCAGUUUCUGAACAUUUGGGAACGUACACUGGAUCGAUUUUAUUGUAAAGGAAAUUCAUUUUCUACAUCUAUAUUAUAGUGUGCUCCGAACAUAAUAGCAUCAUGUGCACUGUCCGCACCGGACCAAACAUCACUGUCUGCGCCGGAUAAAAUAUCACCUUCUGCACCGGACAAAAUAUUACUCUCUGUACCGGACAUAAUAUCACUGUAUGCGCCGGAUAAAAUAUCAACUUCUGCACCGGACAAAAUAUUACUGUCUGCACCGGACAAAAUAUUACUGUCUGCACCGGACAAAAUAUCACUGUCUGUACCGUUCAAAAUAUCACUGUAUGUACCGGACAUAAUAUCACUGUCUGUACCGGACUAAAUAUUACUGUCUGUACCGGCCAUAAUAUCACUGUCUGUACCGGACUAAAUAUCACUGUCUGUACCGGCCAUAAUAUCAUAGUCUGUACCGGACUAAAUAUUACUGUCUGUACCGGCCAUAAUAUCACUGUCUGUACCGGACUAAAUAUCACUGUCUGUACCGGCCAUAAUAUCACUGUCUGUACCGGACUAAAUAUUACUGUCUGUACCGGCCAUAAUAUCACUGUCUGUACCGGACUAAAUAUUACUGCCUGUACCGGACAUACUAUCACUGUCUGUACCGGACUAAAUAUUAAUGUCUGUACCGGCCAAAAUAUCACUGUCUGUACCGGACUAAAUAUUACUGUCUGUACCGGACAUAAUAUCACUGUCUGUACCGGACAUAAUAUCACUGAGUAUACGGGACAUAAUAUCACUGUCUGUACCGGACAAAAUAUCACUGUCUGUACCGGACAUAAUAUCACUGAGUAUACGGGACAUAAUAUCACUGUCUGUACCGGAAAAAUAUCACUGAGUGUACGGGACAAAAUAUCUCUGUAUACCGGAAAAAAAUCACCGAUAUAAAUCUCCGUUCGCUCCCGUAUAUCAGAACCUCCCGUAUAUCAGAACCUCCCGUAUAUCAGAACCUCCUGUAUAUCAGAACCUCCCGUAUAUCAGAACCUCCCGUAUAUCAGAACCUCGUGUAUAUCAGAACCUCCCGUAUAUCAGAACCUCCUGUAUAUCAGAACCUCCCGUAUAUCAGAACCUCCCGUAUAUCAGAACCUCCUGUAUACCAGAACCUCCCGUAUAUCAGAAACUCCUGUAUAUCAGAACCUCCCGUAUAUCAGAACCUCCCGUAUAUCAGAAACUCCCGUAUAUCAGAACCUCCCGUAUAUCAGAACCUCGUGUAUAUCAAUGCCCCACCUAUUCCCUCGGCACCCGGACACAAGCACCCAACACCUUUCUCCUUAUCGUGACAUUAAGACGCCAAUUAAUUUGAUUCAGCUCUAAUCUGUGCGUGUUCGCCCAACCAGCGAAACUACCGCCCCUUCCCCCCAACCCCCCACACUCAUUUUAGAUAAGUCCGACACGUUAGGCUACCUUUAGUCCAACUAACAGAGAUCAUUUGGAACUCUCCUUUUCUCUGAGGUCUUUAGUUUAUUUUGUAACUAACUUAUGUUGAUUUGUUAGAAACAUCUGUUCAAGACUAAAUCAUCAUUAAAUUUAAUGUUUAAAACCAAUAUUAAUUAAACGGCGACCGUGUCAAAGCACGGAAAAUUAGAUCAUGCACAGGCGCAUGUGCUAUCAAUGUUGGGUUAAUUUUAGAUCAUUCAAUGUGCUAUCAAUGUGGGGCUAAUUUUAGAUCAUUUAAACUGCUAUCAAUGUUGGGCUAAUUUUAGAUCAUUCAAUGUGGCUAUCUAUGUUGGGCUAAUUUUAGAGCAUGCAAUGUGCUAUCAAUGUUGUGCUAAUAUUAGAUUAUUCAAUGUGCUAUCAAUGUGGGUCUAAUUUUAGAUCAUUCAAUGUGGCUAUCAAUGUUGGGCUAAUUUCAGAUCAUGCAAUGUGCAGUCGAUGUUGGGCUGAUUUUAGAUCAUGCAAUGUGCAGUCGAUGUUGGGCUUAUUUUAGAUCAUGCAAUGUGCAGUCGAUGUUGGGCUGAUUUUAGAUCAUGCAAUGUGCAGUCGAUGUUGGGCUUAUUUUAGAUCAUGCAAUGUGCAGUCGAUGUUGGGCCAAUUUUAGAUCAUGCAAUGUGCAGUCGAUGUUGGGCUGAUUUUAUAUCAGGCAACCAAAGUUGAGCUUAUUUUAGAUCAUCAUGCACUGUGUAAUUAAUGGUGGGCUAAUUUUAGUUUAUGCACCGUGCAAUGAAUGUUGGGCUGAUUUUAGAUCAGGCACUGUGCAAUCAAUGUUGCGCUAUUUUUAGAUCAGGCACUGUGCAAUGAAUGUUGAGCUAUUUUUAGAUCAGGCACUGUUCAAUCAAUGUUGGGCUAAUUUUAGAUCUCACAAUGUGCAAUUAAUGUUGAGCUAAUUUUAGAUUAUGCAAUGUGCAAUAAAUGUUGAGUUAAUGUUAGAUCAUGCAAUGUGCAAUCAAUGUAGGGCUAAUUUUAGAUCAGACACUGUGCAAUCAAUGUUGAGCUAAUUUGAAAUAAUCUUAACCCCCCUCACUUGGAAGCUUCCACUCUUUAAAUGAACCCAUUUUUUUUAUCCUGUCAUUCCACAGACUUGGCCUUUUACAUUCAACGGACGCGCGUUCGGCGGGAGUCACCACAGUCCACCCUUGGGCUCCAGCGCGAGAGACUGUAGUCAUGGCGACAGCAGCAACAGUAGCAUGGGAAGCAACUCCCCACAGCCGGAAAGGACGAUGAUGUCUAGUCACGUUGUUGUCUCCCAUUGACAAAGGGAUUGAACAUCUAUCAUGCACUGUGGUGAACAAAACACCAUACACAAGAAGAUAUCUGUGAUGUAAGGGGAGAGUGCACACGUGAUGACAUCAUUGCCAUGUGACCUUUGGGAGAUGGACAAAAAAGUGCUCUUAUUAAGUAACAAUUAUUCGAUAACACGUGACAUUGAUUCAUUACCACGUGACAAUCAUUCAAAAAUCAUUGAAUAAUCAUUGAAUAAUAAUAAUAAUAAAUAGUAACCAUUUAAGACCCAGGAACUAUCCCUGAGUAACAUAUAACAAUCAACAAUUGGAUAUUAUGACUAUGAAGAAUACCAUAUGGCAAUCAACUAUAACAUGACGAUAAAGAGUAAUCAACGAUACCAUGUGGCAAUCAUUCUAUGAUAUUGGGCAAUAUUUUAACUUGCUCCGACGAUUUAAAAUAUGUCAUUAUAUUUAAAUACAACUUGAAAAUUGUUUCAACAUACAAGUUAUCAAUAGUUUAAUUUCACAACAAAUCAUGAAUUUACAGUUUGUUUGACCGAGUAUGAUUUUGUAUGAUAUUGUAUGAUAUUGUAUGAUAGUAUAUGAUUGUUUAUUUCCAUAAGAAAAAUUCAAAAUUUGAACA